AUGGCUACAGGGCCAACAGAGGUCACACAGUCACCUGAAACAGGAGAGACAGUUGAAGAGUGCACAGGAAAGAAAAAAUCCAAAUUUCAGACUUUCAAGAACUUCUUUGCCAAGAAGAAAAGGAAAGAGCCUCCACCUCCCAGGGGGGAGAGUAAUUUAAAACCUAGCCAGUCCAGCAGCGAUGUCAGCGUCUCUGUGCUCGACACUACUGCACUUCAUUCACCGAAGGAGGCUGGGCCCAAAGGAAGCAUGGGAAACAAGGCCUUGUCCCAUGACAGUGUCUUCAUUUUUGAGUCUGCACCAGGACAUGAGGCAGGUGACAUGCUGUCUGAGGAAAACAUACCUGGAAGAGUGAAAACUUUGCAGCUUCAGUUACAGCAGAACAUCAGACUUGGAUCACCUCCUCUUGUUAUAACUGGAAAGAAACCGGAAGAUGCAGGUGCUGUUUCUGAAGAUGAUGGUUUACCUAGGAGCCCUCCUGAAAUUUCAACACUUCAUGAAGUUCUGACAGAUUCACCAAGCAAGUCCUCCAACCCUGUUCAGCGUCAUAGCUCUUUGAGUUUAGGCGGGACAGACAGUGAAGAUGAACAGAUACCUUCUGGAGCUUCCUCCAGGCCCAUCAGCCCUUCGUCCUCUGCCACUCUGGGCGUCCCCAGCUCGCGAGGCAGCAGCUUCCUUCCCGUGGACUUCACCGUCCCUGCCAGUCCCCUCGGCUGCCUGGACACCUCAGCAGCCAGGCACAGGAUCGCCAUAAACCCCCGGAAACAGAAAGGCUUUACCAGCAAGAGUCAGCAAACCCCCCAGGUGGAACAGCUGGAAAAUGAAACGUGUCUUCCUGCAACUCCAGAAAAGAAGGGAAAUUCAACAGAAUUACUUGAGGGUGGCCAGCAUAAAUGUGAUUGGGAAGGAUUAUCAGCCCAGGUGGGAUAUGGUGCAAAGGAAGGCAGUUCUAAGGAGGUGCCAGGUGUAAAAAGUCCCACUGAUGCUGCCUGUGACUCUGGUGAUUCCACACUUGUGGCAGAAGACUCUUGUGCUUUGCUGCAAGAGGAUGUAUGGCCUCCAGACAUGGACCAUCACUAUAAAGCAGUUGCACCCCUUUUGAGACCUGAGCCUUCUCCAAUGAACCUGAAGGAACACCACAAUGCAAAAGUGCUGUACUGUUCAGAUGAGUCUGCUGCUGAAUUGAAACUACACCAGCAAAAUACCAAUACUAAAGUAUCUGCACUUCCAAAAUCACAGCAAAUUGAAGGAGAAGCUGUUGUGUUUCCAGACAUACUAGCAGCUGACUUGUUUAGCGGUGGUGUGGAAACGGAGGCCAUAGAUAUAUUGGUAAAUGUUGCACAAAGGUCCUCAGUACCUUCUGUGGACCAAAAGAUCAGGAACCAGGGAAAGGGGGAUCCAGUGUUUACUGGCGAAGUAGAAGCCUGCUUGGGUACUAUUGAGAGUCAUUCCAACCACACUGUCUCAGAUACUGCACCAAGCACUUCACAGGUUGCAGGAGCCGAUUCAGAGUCUUCUUCUGACAUCAAGACAGUGGCUGUUUUGAAGCCUGAAAACAGUUCAGUAACAAGAAAUCACACAGAAAUUUGUGAAAGAAUGGAUUUUCAGGCAUCCAAAGGCAAUGCAGAAAAAAAAUUAGACACUGCUGCAUCUGUCUCGGUACCUCCCUGUAAAUCAGAAGUAUGUUAUAAAGCAGAAACUGUUUCUUUUUUGAAGGAUAACCAAGGCACUCAGCAGGCCAACACAUCACACGUUUCUGAAAAACUUUCCAUUGGCUGUCUUGCCUCUUCAAGUCUGGCUGGCUUGAAGAGUAAUAUCUCUUCCAGUGGUGACAGUAAGGAGUACCAGAUAAGCAGUACACCUCACAGAAAACCAGUGAAAGACAGUCAGUCUUCUGAUGAAAAUGUUAAAAGUCCACCGAAGACUGCGUCUGCUAAACCAGUCAGAUUUACCAUUGCACCAGCAUGGCAAAGAUCUCUCUCAGGGGGUUCAAAUUCAAAGGAAGAUUCCUAUACCAGAAGUUCCCCAACGUCCCCUAUUAGACCAGAGUUGUUUGAAGGAGUGACAAAAGAACACGCAUGUUUUGAUACAGCCAUGCAGGAAUCGGCAAAACCCAACUCGGAUAGAUUUGAUCGAGAUUGUAAGUACAGUGAUUUGCAUUUGAAUUCCUCUGUGGAGUGGACUGACCACGAAGCACAAAAUGUUGAAAACCCAUUUGGGGUCAGACUAAGGAGAACAUCUUCCUUACUAAAAUACCAGAAUGAAAGCCGUGCUGAGUCUCCAAAGCCGAUCCCCUCAGCUGUUCCCACUGCUUCUUCUGCCUCAGUCAAGGAGGAUCAGAAACUGGUGGGUACUGGGAAGCCAUCUCUAGGCCUUCCUGUCAACACAAAAUCAUUUGUUGAAAAACCAGAUCUCCUAGAAGACAAAAAUCCUCCCAAGACAAGAUUGGAAGAAGUGGCAAAGAAGCAAAACUCUGAACCAGCUUGGGUCUCCAUGGCAAAACUAAAACGAAAGGGUUUCCAGGACCACCCUCUUGCCAAAGAACAUAAAGCUGAAGACAAAGCUUUGACCAAAGUGGAUCAAGAGGAGCAAGGGAUCUGUGCUAGUGAGAACAUACUGAAGAAGAGUAUGCCUUCCAGCCUGAGCUCUCAGGACAAGACAAUGCAAAUGAAGACCUGUGUGUCUGCUGCCUCCGCACCGUGGCUAUCUCUGGCCAAGAAGAAAGCCAAAGCAUGGAGUGAAAUGCCCCAGAUCGUACAAUAG